CGGCUCCUUUCUUGAGUCCUCAUCGCCCAGAUGUUGUCCAUAGUUAUCUGAAACGAGUGUCAUGUGUCCAGGUAAGGAUCCAAUGGUGUUCGACGCCUUACUUUUUGUGCCUCUGUCAAUGUCUCGUUCGUCAUGCCUUUUUUUCAAAGCGUUGGUGAAGUUCGUCAUGCCUUUUUUUCAAAGUAUUGGAUCAUCGCCUGAACACAUGAUGUUAGCUAUGAGCCGACUUAGGCUAAGCCAUGGAUGAUCAGGAGAAGAGCACCUGAGGAAGCUAUUCAACUUAAACCAAACAAAUACGGGAGGAUCAGACUAAACAACGUACUAGUUUUUGUUUUUGUUCUUUCAUGGCUCUUCUCAACGGCCCAAUCCAGCAAUCUCCAAUCCUACAUGUUCCUGCGAAAAUCCCUCUUUCUCUGCAACUUGAAGCACUCUCUCCGCUGCUUCCAUUCCCACAUUCCACCUCCGCUUCCUCUUUCACUACCCAAACCAGCAAAACCACCGCAGCUCUCCUUCCUUGCAGACAAAUGCACAUCCAUGGACCAACUCAAACAAAUCCAUGCUCAGAUGAUCGUCUCUACUCGCAUCCACGAUAACUACGCCGCUAGUCGAAUCAUCUCCUUUUGUGCUCUCUCCCCUUCGGGCGAUCUUAAUUACGCUUUGAAGCUCUUCCACAACACCAGUGACCCCAAUUCUUUCAUGUGGAACACCCUCAUCAGGGCCUUAGCUGAUAGCCCUAAUCCGUCCCAAGCUAUUUUUCUUUAUACCAGGAUGAGAAAACUGGAAGUUGUACCUGGUAAGCACACCUUCCCGUUUGUUCUCAAGGCUUGUACUAACUGUAAGUCACUGAUGUCAGGUAAACAAAUCCAUGUCCAUGUUAUUAGAUUUGGACUGGAUGUGGAUGUUUAUGUGGUUAACGGAUUAAUGAGGUGCUACUCUGUAUCAUCUAAUAUCAAUGACGCCCGGCAAUUGUUUGAAGAAGUUGCUGAGAAAAAUUUGAUAGUUUGGACUACGAUGGUAAGUGGGUAUGCGCAAAAUUUUUGCUCAAAUGAGGCGUUGAUGCUGUUUGAUCAAAUGAUCUCAGAAGGGACUGAACCCAAUGGUGCGACUCUGGCUUCUGUAUUGUCUGCCUGUGCCAGAUCGGGAUGUCUGGACUUGGGAGAACGGAUUCAUUUCUUUAUAAAAGCCAAAGGCAUGGAAAUGGGAGUGAUCCUUGGCACAGCAUUGGUAUACAUGUAUGCCAAAAAUGGAUCAAUUCUGAUGGCUCGGAGAUUGUUCGAUGAAAUGUCUGAGAAAAAUACGGCUACUUGGAAUGCCAUGAUAUGUGGGUUAGCUGUUCAUGGGCAUGCUCAGGAGGCUUUGGAGCUCUUCCUGGAGUUGAAGAAAGAGAGGGUGGUUCCAAAUGAUAUCACCUUUGUGGGAGUUUUAUCUGCUUGUUGCCAUGCUGGCCUGAUUGAUGUGGGUCGCGAUAUUUUUCAUUCCAUGAAGAGAGACUAUGGGAUUGAACCCAAAAUCGAGCAUUAUGGUUGCAUGGUUGAUCUUCUUGGACGAGGUGGGAGAUUGGUUGAAGCUGAGGAGUUGAUAAAAGGGAUGCUGUGGAAACCUGAUGUGGUAAUUUUGGGUGCUUUGUUAGGAGCCUGCAAGAACCAUGGGAACAUUGACAUUGCUGAGAAGGUGGUGAAGGAGAUUCUUGAACUGGAACCUAACAAUCAUGGGGUUUUUGUCAUUUUAUCUAAUAUGUAUGCAGAGGCAGGCAGGUGGGAAGAUGUUGUUAAGCUAAGAAAGGUGAUGAAAGAUGGAGGUUUGAAAAAGAUACCAGGUUGGAGCCUUGUGGAUGGUGAUAACUAAAUUUGUCUUUCUGCCGGCAGAGAUGAGCAAGAGAAGGGCACCACAAUCUUAAUUUUUUUCAAAGCAGCAGAAUAAUCAAUAAUCGACAGUAUUGUUUUGAAUUUCCAUAGCUAUACCAUAUCUUUUGUGUAUUAAAGUUUUGCCAACUGAUUGUUAGAGGAAUGGGUUCAUGGGAAGUGCUGAGGCAUCCCAAAUGAGAAGAUGGGAAGAAUAGAAGGAAAUAAAAAGAGUGGUUGUCCCUUAUUCUCAGAACCCCGUGGAUCUAAAUCGCAUGUUAUUUACAUACUGUAUAGAGGACAUUAAUCUCUCUCUCUC